GGAAGACCAAGGAGAGGAGGAAAAGGAGGAACCUGUGCAGGGCUCGCCGCCGACAGCCGGCCAGGCCCGUGUCCGAGCGGGACCGGCCCGUGCGGGUCGGCUCAGGGCUCUUUCACAGAGUCUGGAGAAGGGAACACUGAGUGGGGAUCCCAUGGAUCCACACAAACAUCUCCGGGGGCUGCCAGAGGACGGGGCCGGGCUCUGCCGGGCGCUGCCGAGAAUAAAAUAAAGGGCAGCGAGCGGCAGCCCGGCAGGAGGAAGAACUUGUGUCCAUGGAGGGGCAGAGGCCUGGAACAGCUGCCCAGGGAGGGCCUGGAGUGUCCCUGUGUGGAGCCAUGGCAGCCCCAGCUGGGCACGGCCUGGGCUGAGGGAGCUCCACAGGAACCUUCCCAACCUAAUAAUUCAGGGAUUCGGUGAUUUUUCACAGCUGCCGAUUUCCAGAAGCGCACAGCUCUGCUUCAACCCUAUGUGGGAACUGUGCACUCACGUUUUUAAAUUAGGGCGAUUUGCAGCCCGUCAUCAGGGCUGGGGCACUUGGGGAAUUGCAGAAACGCGCUCCCUGUUUCCUGCUUUUCCCCUUUCCUGGCAUCCAAGAGGCACAGAGCAGCAGAGCCUUGGGUUAACUGCUGUUGAGAGUAAUGUGUUUCAAGUGCUAAUAAAUAAUUUUUGUCGUGAGCAGACAGGAUGAUGAUGUGACUCAGGGUCAGGUACUGAAAAAUAAUGAGCAUUGCUUGAGGUGCUGUGAGACUUGUAUUUCUUGUUAAGGAGAGGUGUGAUCCGGUUGUAAUAGUUACAGGUUAUUGUUGUGAUAGCCACUAACAGGACAAGGAGAAUGGCUUUAAACUGAAAGAAUAGUUUUAGAGUAGAUAAUGGGAAGCAAUUCUUACCUGUGAAGCAGUGGCUGCUCCUGGAUCCCUGGAAGUGUCCAAAGCCAGGUUGGAUGGGGCUUGGAGCAGCCUGGGACAGUGGAAGGUCCCUGGCCAUGGAACAAAGUACCCUGUAGCAUGGCAGGUGAAGAGGACUUCUUUUUGGAGGAGAAAAGAUUCAAGCAGUACUGUGAAGACUUUGUUAAACAUUCACAGCAGAUAGGAGAUGGUUGGGAGUGGAGAGCCAGCAAGGACCUUGGUGAUGGUUAUCUUAGUAAGACACACUUCCAAGUAAGAAACAGACACAUCCCACCAGACCUCAAGGAGAAAAACAAUGAUAACACUGAAGAAAUGUUAUUUGCACAUGUAGAAGAGCCCUCGGAUGACUCUCAGGCCGCCGGCGUUUGCGGCACAGAAGAAGUGGUUCGCUAUGAGUACCACGUCCUGUACUCCAGCAGCUACCAAGUGCCUGUGCUGUAUUUCAGAGCGUGCUUUUUGGAUGGAAGGCCUUUAAGUCUGGAUGAAAUAUGGGGAAGUGUUCAUGCAUCCUACCAGGCUCGUCUGCAGGAGGGACCCUGGGACACUAUUACACAGCAGGAGCACCCCAUCCUUGGACAGCCUUUCUUUGUCCUGCAUCCCUGUCGAACCAAUGAAUUCAUCUCUGCUGUGCUGGGGGGCUCACAGGAGCACCACAGACAUACAAAUUACAUCAUACUGUGGCUCAGUACCGUAGGCCCAGUUGUGGGCCUGAAUCUGCCUUUGAGUUACGCAAAAGUGGCUUCUCAGCAGAGCACAGAUUUGGCUGAAAGAGCCCAGAGCUGAAGGACUGGGAGUGGUUAGGCUGUGAUAAAGCUGCUGCAGACUUCCCUAGGGAUGAAGCUGGAGGAUCCUUCCUGGCUGGUUAACCAUGCCAGAGUGGAAAUGAUUGCUGAUGGCUCUUUCCCUGGCCAGGACUCGCCACUGAUGAUGGUGGGAAUUGGCUGCUGCUGUGGAAACACCUCCCCAGCACCACCCAGACCUCAUCACCUGCCUCCUGUGCCCUCGGUGAGGCUGCACACAGAUGCACAAGCCAAGUUGUUGGAUCUACUGCACUUACCCCUAGAAGAUCUGCACCAUCUGUGGGGCAGAAAAAGCAAUAUAAACACAGAAAAAUUCUCAUGGGAUGUGGUGUGAGUUUGUGGCAGCCAGGGUAUGGGCUGAGACUGCUUCACCUGGGAGCCACCUUCUCCACCAGAGCCUGGUGAAGGAUCAGCCCACAGAACAUCCUCAUCCUGGGAAUAUCCCACAUGUCACACCUCCUCAGGGAGCCAGCGGGGCCGGGACUGUCACAGACAGAGCCCUUGGAGCCUGAGUGCAAUGAGCACGUCCAGCUCUGGAGCUCAGGAGCCUGGAGCAGCUGUGUGGGAACACCUGGCUCUGCCGUGCUCCGCUGCCUGCCAGGGAAGCUCUCCGUGCCCCCUGGGAGCUGCUGCUGCUCCCAGUUAGUGUUUCUCCUUGUAGUUGUGGUUGCUCACACGUUUGCUCCCUACCCUGCAGCCUCCCCUGACAGCUGUUGGCUUUUGGGGAAUUGCCUGGUGGUGCUGCCACUGAGAACCAGAUUAUGAGGAACUUCCCUACCACCCAUCCUGGCUUCUCUCCCAGUCCCGUUUUAUUUGCAGUGUAAAACGGAGCAGCUGACAUUGAAACACAGAUUUUACUUUGCACAUGCAGCAAUUGUCACUUACACAGCCCAGUGUGUGCCACGUCAGAGCUGGGAGUGUGAAGUGCAUCCAGAUCCUGGUUUUUCAGAUUAUGUUUUUAACUUCCAUUACUUGUCAUUGGAGGAUAAGGAAUACAGAAUGCAGUCCUUCAAAUUCCAUUGCUGGGGAGUUUGUUUGCCAGCCAUUUGGAAUUAAUAAUGAAAGCACAUUGUUUAUUUUGUUCUGUACCCUUUCCCAUGUAAGAUUUACAAAAUACGGCCCACAGCUACGUUAAUUUUUUUUAACACUUUUGGUAACACAUGCUUGAAGUUUGCAUCCACAGUCCAUUUGUAAAUUUAAGUGAGAGUUAGAUAGGAGGAAGAACCAACAAAAAGAGGUAACAGCAGGUUUAGGAGCUGUUGAAUGUUCACUCCUGCUCUGUGAUCUUCACUUGUGAUACCCUUCAACAGAAGA